AUGACGAUGAUUCUGAGCAGAAAUAUUUUCAGCAGAAAUAUGUGCCGUGUUGUCAACUCGGCAUUUUCCGGGGUACUGACAGUUCCUCCACCUCUUUCAGUAAGGCACAGGUCGCUCUACGUCGGGGAACGAGCGUCACUGGCGAAAUCAUUCAGUGCCAGAGAUGUGGCGCUUUUUGCUGAGCUCACUGGAGACACGAAUCCUCUCCAUCUCGACCCCGAGUACGCCAAAACGACCUCUUUCGAGACCCCCAUUGUUCACGGAGUGCUGAUCAACGGCCUGAUCUCAGCAGUUUUGGGGACCAAGUUGCCCGGCAAAGGUUGCAUUUUUCUCUAUCAGGAAAUACGUUUCCCGGCACCCCUCUACAUUGGAGAGGAGGUGGUGGCGGAAGCAGAGAUAAAAAAAAUCAAAAUGUCCUUCGCUUUCAUUUCUGUUUCCUGCACCGUCAAAGACAAAGUGGUCAUGGAGGGAGAGGUCAUGGUUAUGAUACCAGAGAACUCGCAGCGACUGUGAGAAACUUUGAGUGGAUGUUGUUGUUCACUUGCGUUAUGUACAAAAUGUGCUGCCAGGAAUGCAUUUAUUUUUGUUCUUUUGAAAGAUUUAGUGCUUCUGUUAAAAAAAUGGAUUAACUCUGAGGUUUGAAUUUCUCUCAAGGUGGAGUUUAAAUUAACUUUAUGUGGAGAAAAUAAUCAACCUAUUGAGUUUUUUUUUGUGUGUGUGGCCAUUUAUAGCAAUAAAAAUUUUAUGAAUAAAAGUAUUGAAAUUCUCAACUGUUUCAGAAAUAGCAUGACUCAAUAUAAAUAGAAAUGAUGACCUGUAUAU